CCCAUCGCUGGCUGCAGCCAGAGACCCGCACCAAGGAGCAGAUGUUGGAGCUGCUGGUUCUUGAGCAGUUCCUGAACCUCCUGCCUGAGGAAAUGCAGAGCUGGGUGCGGGAGCGUGGCCCAGAGAGUGGCCAGGAGGCCGUGGCCCUGGCAGAGGAUUUCCAACUUGUUCCCCAGAAGCCCGGAUGGCAGCCCCAGGCGCGGGUGCCAGCCCAGGAAGGGGCCAGGGAUGUCGGUGCAGCGCAGCGGGCCCUGUUGGCUGAGCGGCAGAGGGCGCCCCAGGGGGCCAGUGGGCAGGAGAACAGCUGGAACGGCGGCUUGUUGGCUGCCACGCCGGGCGCCCCGCUGGUGCGGAGACCAAGUCUGGGCGCGAUCGAGCCAGCUGCUCCCCAGCCCCUGUGCAACAGAGUGGGCUCCAGGCAGGGACAGCAAGUGGAGAAUGGCUUAGAGCCGCGGCAGAGCACCGGGCACCUGCGGCAAGUAGAGAAGAACGCUGCCCCAGUGCCACGCCCAGCAGCUGGGAAGGCGACUGAGCUGUGCAGUGCUGGCCUAGGAGGGCACAUGGGGACAGACGGUGUGCCACAGGGCAGAGCCACCAUUCAAGAGGGCAGCAGUGUCUCAGAUGCUCAGAAUGGGGCUCCAUGUGAGCAGCAGACACCUGCUAGCCUUGUGCGGAUGGAGCACACCGGCUCCAAGGGUGGCAGAACCUGCAGCGCCCUGCCCAGGAGCGCCAGCUGUGUAUCCCCGGGGCUGGAUGGCCCUUUGCUCGGGGCCCUCCUGGAGACGUCCUUGGACUCCCCAUGGGACAGAGAGGGCAGUGCAGACAGAAUGCCAGAGGGUGGCAUGGCCUGCCCGGGGGCACAGUCCCGCUGCCUGAGCUGCACAGUACUGCGGGCUGAUCUGGAUGCCACGCGGGAGGAGCUGAGAAUCACCCAAGCUUCCACCUUGUAUGGACUGAGCGGCACCCACUUGCAGGGCCUGGCUGAGGCGCUGGGCACCAUCUCGCGCAUUCUGAACGACAGGAGGCCGACGAUGACCAAACCCCCCUGGGGUGCAACCGAGAGCCCAGGCAUGGCUUUACCCCAACAGACACACCUGUCCUGAAGCCCAAGUGCCUGGCGAGCAGCUGGCCGUGGCCCACCACCGAGGAGCCCACACAAUGUUUAGCAGCGGCAUCGGCAGCACCAGGGAGAAGGUGACGACCUCCCACUCGAUCCCAGAGCCGCUAGCAUCAAGCCCCAUACUCGCGGCAGCGCCUGCAGCAGGGAAGCCUUGGACAGGACCUGAGGGGUGCUGGGCCGGCUGCCUGGGGGUGUUGGGAGCUGGAUCCAGCAGGGCCCGUGCUGAGCCAGGGCAGCUGGCGUCUCGUCACUGGACUUUCCAGGGAGCCUUUCCUACUCGACUAGCUUUUUGAUACAAUGUCCCCAAAGCCCCCUACUUUCCCCUUCACUUCUCAGGUUGGUCUCAAUAAAGCAAUGCGCAGAGCUCCAGGCCUGGGGACAUGGUGCCUGCAAAUGGGAGGAAGCGUCUGUGUCAGGGACUCCCAAGCACACCAGGGCUCAUCCUGAUCUCCUUGGGUACAGCAGGGCAUGGUCUCAGCACCCAGCCUGCCUUUCUGGGCACCCACUUGGUGAGGGAAGCCCCCAGCCAGAGUGCCCCACUGGCUGCUGCUGCAGGAGGGAGCCUGUCAGGGGCGUGUCCAGUUAGUUCAACCAGGAGAAUGUUCAGGGGUGACUUGAGCCCUGUCUGUAUGUACCUACGUGGGGAACAACUCUACAGCAAUGGGCUGUGCAGAGGGCCGAGAAAGGUCCAACACCAUCCUGGGGCUGGAAGUUGAAGCUGGACUAAUUCAGCCUGGAAAUGAGGUCUCCGUUUUUAACGUGACAGCAAGGGACCAGUUUCCUGAGGGCCAUGGUGGCUCCUCCAUUACUGUUGAUUGUAAAUCAAGAUGGGCUGUUCUAAACGCUCUGCUCUAGGGCUAAUGUUGGGGCCAUUCUGUGACCUGAGCUAUGUAGGAGGCCGGACUAGGUGAUCACAAUGAUCCCUUCUGGCCUUGGCAUUAAUGCCCCAAUGGUCGAGGGGCUGGGAUUAAAGCAGAUGACUGGGAGAAGGGGUCAUGGCCCUCUGCUGCUGCUUCCCCUUCUCUCCCCGCCAAUUAACCAUGCUCCGUGCAAAUCCAUCCCACACCAGCCACUCCGCUGGUGCUUGCUCAGACUAUGCAAGUCGUAACAAGCCUGUCAAGUUAAGCAUGGCCCACCAACAUGUGUUGUCGUCGUCUCUGUUGUGUUUUUCAAAGCAGAGAAGCAGGAGGCUCUGGUAGCGGGGAGGCUGGGAAAUCCCUCCGGCAGCAAGCUGGGCGUUUUGGAUGUUGCAUUAGUGGGGAGGCUGGCAAAUCCCGCCAGUGGCAGGGCAGAUAUUUUGGACACCCUGUUGGGCGGGAGGCUGGAAAAUGCCUCCAGCAACACAGCUGUGGUUUCUAGACGAUCCAUUACCCGGGAGGCUGGGAAAUCCCUCCCCCGGCAUAGCAGGCAUUUGGGACGUUGUGUUAGCAGGGGGGAUGGGAAAUCCCCCCAGUGGCACAGCAGGCAUUUCAGAGGCCGUGUCCCAGCAGCGCAGUGGGUGUUUUGGACGUCGCGUUAGUGGGGAGGCUGGGAAAUCCCUCCAGUGGCAUGGCGGGUGUUCUGGAUGUCACUUCAGGUGAGAGGCUGGGAAAUCCUGGGUGUAUCGGAUGCUGCAUUAGCAGGGAGGCUGGCACAGCAGCCAUUUAGAACAUUGCACCCUGUGACUGGUCUGUGGUGGCAGGGGAGAAUGCACCACAUUUAUUUCAGGGAUGCCAUUGGCUCCCUGUGCCAGAGGAGUAUCACCCAUGUAUGGGGCAGAUAGGGGGAAGGGACCCCUGGGGCUCUGCCAGAGGAACAUCAGAGAGUCCCUUUGGUUCCAGCUCUCUCCAGCCCAGGUCACUUCCCCCUUGCAGCUGCAGUGGGUAGUUCACCAACGCACAUGGGUCAGAGCAGGGAGGACACACCCACCUGGCUCUCGGCCCCACUGGUUGCACGGUGAGAGCUCUCUUAGCCCGUGCUGGGGUUAACGCCAGAUGUCGGCUGCCUCAGAGCCAGCGGCUCUCCAGCCAGCACCUUCCUUCCUGGGGCCUUUGCCUGGGUUAGGGUCUGCUGGAGGGAGCGUGCUGGCCCAGGACUCUGCCUCCUGCUUGCCUGGCACUGGGCACUUGGCUCUAGGUGUGUGGGGCAGAGUUUAGGAUCAGUCAUUACUAUGCCAGCCUGGCCCAGUGAAGGCUUGCAGAGAGAUGCUCGUGCGGGCCUGUAGCACCCCUCUGGCCCACCCGGGCUUCACAGCCAGAGAAUGCCCAGGCUGGAUAGGCCACAGGGCUCAGACGGAGGGAAACAUCCUAGUGCUCUGCUAACUGGUGGCUGCUAACCCCCCACAGGACUAGAGGAGCUGGAGACGUGGCUGGUGAGGGAGAGUUUCUCCAAUCCAGCGGCAGGGUAACGUCUGACCCUGACCCCGGGUGGGUGGAACUGGGCAGGGCAGGAGAGCCCAGUGGAGCCCAGCCAAGUGGGGUGGUAGGCCUUGGUGUAGUGCAGGAGGGCCUAGCCAGGCAUGGUGGGGCUGGUUCAGAUAAGUGCAGGGCAGGAACUAUUUUUCCACCCUCAGAUAAUACUUGGCUCCCCCCAACACCCCACCGCUGCUCUGCUCCCAGAACAUCUGGGGGCAACUGCAGCACGUGGAGACAGGCAUAGAGCCGCGGAACUGCUCAGUGUGGGUGCACCCUGGAGGAAUUCCCCAGGGCUCCAAGCAGGCAUAUGAAGUCUGCACAGCUUCACUGCCUGGGACACUCCACCCAGCACAGACAGGUCCCUCCCUGACCCCCUGCAGUCUCCAAGAAGGAGCCAACGUGCCCCUGCGGCCCCUGGGGGGGGGGGGCACGUGGCUCUGCGCACUGCACCUCUGUGCAAGCACCACCCCACAGCUCCCAU